AUGCAGGCUGCCCAGCAGUCCUGGGAAAUCGAGAAUACCAUCCAGCUUGUGGAUCCACAACGAGAUGCGCUCUACCGAUACGACGAAGAGGCCCACAAGGCCCUCGUAGCCGCCCGACCGUGGGCCAAGGACCCCCAUUACUUCAAGUCAGUCCGGAUCUCUGCAGUCGCUCUCCUCAAGAUGGUCAUGCAUGCGCGGUCUGGAGGAUCCAUCGAAGUCAUGGGUCUGAUGCAGGGCUACAUCGCUCCGGAGACCUUUGUGGUCACUGACGCGUUCCGGCUGCCUGUCGAAGGCACGGAGACUCGGGUGAACGCCCAAGACGAGGCCAACGAGUACAUGGUGGGAUACUUGCAGGCGUGUCGCGAGGCAGGAAGGAUGGAGAAUGCAGUGGGAUGGUAUCACAGCCAUCCGGGAUACGGAUGUUGGCUGUCGGGCAUCGACGUGUCGACGCAAGAUAUGCAGCAGAUGAGUGACCCCUUCGUCGCAGUGGUCAUCGAUCCUGAGCGCACGAUAUCGGCUGGGAAGGUCGAGAUUGGUGCUUUCCGGACAUUCCCCAAGGAUUACACCCCUCCGAAGGAGGACCACGAGGACGAUGAGUACCAGAGCAUCCCUCUGAACAAGGUGGAGGACUUUGGUGCUCAUGCGUCGCAAUACUACGCUCUCGAGGUAUCCCAUUUCAAGAGCACACUUGACUCGCAGCUCCUCAAUCUUCUAUGGAACAAAUACUGGGUGGUGACCCUCAGCCAGAGCCCGUUGUUCACCACCCGUGACUAUGGAAGCAAGCAGAUGAUGGAUUUGAGUCAGAAGGUGAAGCGAGCGGCAAGGGGAAUCGAGAGCGGCGGUUCUCGAGGUGGCUUCACCACCAACAAGGACCAGCAAUUAGCCAAAGUCGUCCGGGACGGACAGCGGAUCGUAGCGGAAGAAGUCAGCGGUCUCAUGGCGGCCGAGAUCAAGAAAAGCCUCUUUCAGGGCGUGGGGGAAACUGCCACGAAUUCAGCAGGACAGCGUUCCCAGGCAUGA